GACAUGACAUCUACCCUGGAGGAGCCAAGUCCCAGAGAUGACAUCUACCCUGGAGGAGGAGCCAAGUCCCAGACAUGACAUCUACCCUGGAGGAGGAGCCAAGUCCCAGACAUGACAGCCACCCUGGAGGAGGAGCCAAGUCCCAGACAUGACAGCCACCCUGGAGGUUCCAAGUCCCAGACAUGACAGCCACCCUGGAGGUUCCAAGUCCCAGACAUGACAGCCAUGAGGGAGUUCCCUCCGUCCCACAACAGUCCCCGGUCAGGAGGGGUGGAGGAAUGGGUGAGGGACAGAACCCCAGGCCAAUGUCACAACAGUGUGAGGAGAAAUGGCACCGCCCCCCACCUCCGGCCGACCAACCAGGACCCUUCGUGCCUCCUGACUUCGCCCAACACGCCCCGGAACCCGGAAGGGGGUGGGGCUGACCUGGUUGGACACGCCCCCCAGGUCAACGGCUGCAGUAAUAGGACACCUUCAAUGGACAGGAAGAAAAGCAACGGACUAGAGGGUAAAGACUCCUGUUUAUAUAUGGGUAAUAUACACAACGGACUAGAGGGUAAAGACUCCUGUUUAUAUAUGGGUAAUAUACACAACGGACUAGAGGGUAAAGACUCCUGUUUAUAUAUGGGUAAUAUACACAACGGACUAGAGGGUAAAGACUCCUGUUUAUAUAUGGGUAAUAUACACAACGGACUAGAGGGUAAAGACUCCUGUUUAUAUAUGGGUAAUAUACACAACGGACUAGAGGGUAAAGACUCCUGUUUAUAUAUGGGUAAUAUACACAACGGACUAGAGGGUAAAGACUCCUGUUUAUAUAUGGGUAAUAUACACAACGGACUAGAGGGUAAAGACUCCUGUUUAUAUAUGGGUAAUAUACACAAUGCAAUAGAGAAUCAUCCAAGACGGGUAAAGACAUAUAGGCAGGUCCAGAAUGAUUGGUUACUAGUCCAAUAGUGGGUUAACUGCCUGUUCAGGGGCAGAACGACAGAUUUGUACCUUGUCAGCUCG